AUGUCCUUAAUACCCCUACUCUCAACUUGUCUAUGGUUCUUGCUGGUGUCUAGUUUCACAUGCGCAAACGAGGCCGACGUAAAAUGCCUGAGGACCAUACACUCCCAAGUUAAGGAUCCAAAUGGAUACUUAACGAGCUGGGUAUUUGGCAACAAGACUGCAGGUUAUAUCUGUAAGUUCAGUGGUGUGACUUGCUGGCAUGAUGAUGAGAAUAGGGUUUUGAGCAUUAAACUUGGUGGUUAUGGUCUCGAAGGAGAGUUUCCUCAAGGGAUUAAAAAUUGUACUGAUUUGACAGCUCUAGAUCUUUCUAGGAACAACUUCUCCGGAGUUUUACCAUCUGAUAUAGCCUCCUUGGUUCCAACUGUUACAUUUCUAGACCUCUCUUACAAUCAAUUCUCUGGUGAAAUCCCAGCCAGUUUACCAAAUACUACCUUUCUGAACACUCUUAUGCUUCAGCAUAACCAGUUCACUGGUCAACUUCCUCCCGAACUAGCGUCACUUCGGCGGCUCGCCGCGUUCUCUGUGGCAGACAAUCAACUGACCGGUCCCAUACCUAAAUUUAAUGAAGAACACUUGAAAAUUGGAGUGGACGAUUUUGCUAAUAACGAGGGUUUGUGUGGUCAGCCUAUGGAUGCUUGUGUUGAACCGGACGAAGAUAUGAUCCGGUUUGGGAAGAUGGGUGCAGCAGUUGGUGCGGUUUUAUUUGCACCAUUAGUUGCGUACUUAAGACUCGUUUGUCAUCGAUGGUAG